CCUUUUGCAUACGCACGAGUGAGCCAAACGAGACUUCACGGAAUGGCAGACUCAGACGAAUUGGCAGGGGCUUCAUCCCCUAAGAAAACAUGGACCGAGCACGAGACAGAGAGGAUUGAAGUGGACGCCACUCUGGCCGACGACCUUGAUGACACGGUCGGAGAGCCGAGCUACACGACCUCCUUGGCCUCGAGCGUGGUCGACUAUCCCAUUGAAUACGGCCGUCGAUACCAUGCUUUUCGACACGGAAGGUACUCGCGUCCGAACGACGAGAAGGAAAUGGAGCGCCUGAUGCUUCUCCAUAAUAUCGUGACACGCCUCAUCGGGGGACUCUACACCGCGCCCAUCGACAAAUCCAAGACUCAUCGCAUCUUGGAUAUCGGUACUGGAAACGGCAUUUGGGCAAUAUCCAUCGCCGACGAGUUUCCCGACGCUACUGUUAUCGGCAACGACCUCUCCGCCAACCAACCCUCGUUCGUCCCACCCAACGUCAAGUUUGAAGUCGACGAUGUUGAAGACCCAUGGGUGCACCCGGCCAAGUUUGACUGGAUCUUCUGCCGCUACAUGGCAGCGUCCAUCCACGACUGGCCGAAACUGAUGUCCCAGAUUUACGAGAACCUCAACCCGGGCGGGUACGCCGAGUUCCAGGACUUCAACCUGACCUACUACUCGGAAGACGGCUCCCUGACCGAGUCGCACGCGCUGCGCCGGUGGAACGGCAGGCUGACGGACGCCGCGUUCUCGCUCGGGCGCGACCCCAACCCGGGGUCGAAGCUGGAGGGCUGGGUCAAGGCGGCCGGGUUCGCCGGCGUCACCGCCCGCCGCUACCGCGUCCCCAUCGGGCCCUGGGCGCGGAACCCGCUGCUCAAGGAGGUCGGCGCCUGGAACCUGGCCCAGGUGCUCAACGGCCUCGACGGCCUCUCCAUGCGCCUGUACACCACCGUGCUCGGCUGGAAGGAGGACGAGAUCUGGGCCCUGCUGGAGCAGGUGCGGAAGGACCUGGCCGACCCGAGCGUGCAUGCGCUGUUUGAACUCCACGUCGUGUAUGGGCAGAAGCCGGAGUAGACCAGAAAUGGUCUUUGAGAGUAAAAGGGCGAGAAAUGGACCGAGUGAUUGCGGAACCCUAGUGCUGAGGACCAUGAUCGUGCUGGAUGCAGACUUGUCAAGGGUGGUUUAUUGUUUUUUGCUUCUAUUUAUUUUUUUUAUUUAUUUCCUCAGGACGGUCCUUUCUCUUCUUCCUCGUAUACGCCGCAUCUCCGCCUGUUUUAUUCCGCAGCGAGAUCAUCUGAGUUGAACAGACAGCAGCGAUAUACUCCAAGUACCUAGAUACAGGUGCCGCCUUGAGUCUGAGUUGUCGUUUUCCGAUCGUGGAGUGCAGAGCACGUUCUGCGGCACAUUCUGCGGCACGUUCUGCGGCACGU